AUGUCGACAUUCAAAGACUACUUCCCAUGGACCGCAUCUCCCCUGAUCAUCAACGCCCCGAUGGCAGGCUUUGCAGGCGGUGCCCUCGCAUCCGCCGUCACGCUCGCGGGUGGUCUAGGGUUAAUAGGCAGCGCCCUCAGUAUGUCCGACGCCCGCAAAGAAUUGCUCAUCGCAUCUGAAGCUCUCACAUCCAUAUCAUCAUCAAACCUUCCCAUUGGCAUCGGCUUUCUGCCCUUCUUGCUCAAACUAGACGACGUCGUGCCCAUAGUGCAAGAAUUCAAGCCCGCCGUGAUAUGGCUGUUCGCCGCGAAAGAGCUAGACGACUACGCAGAAUGGGCUGCAGUAUUGCGCAAGGCGUCGCCGGAAAGCAAGGUCUGGGUGCAAGUGGGGAGCGUUGCGGCGGCUUUGCACGUCGCGCGAGCAGCGAAGCCGGAUGCAUUGUGUCUUCAAGGCGCCGAUGCAGGCGGGCAUGGAUACGAAAAGAGCGCGGGCAUCGUAUCGUUGGUGCCGGAAGUAUGCGACGCCUUUGAGCGCGAGGGCUUGUCGGACAUCUCUCUCGUCGCAUCAGGCGGUAUUGUUGAUGGCCGGGGUGUCGCUGCUGCGCUUGCGCUCGGCGCGCAGGGCGUGGUGAUGGGUACGCGAUUCCUCGCGUCGAAAGAAGUGAACGUACAUCCGGUGUAUCAAGCAGCGGUGCUGGAGGCACGUGAUGGUGGACAAGUAACGACGCGCUCGAAGUUGUUUGAUCAGCUGCGUGGGCCGAACAUAUGGCCCGGGAUGUAUGAUGGACGCAGUUUGAUGAUGCAGAGCCAUAAAGACUUCGUGGACGGAGUGAGUAUCGAGGAUAUCCAAGAGUCGCACAACGACGCCAUAGGUGCGGAAGAUAAGGGGUAUGGUACGGGCCUGCAAGGCAGAGCUGCGAUAUGGGCGGGUACGGGAUUGGGCCUGGUGAAUGAGGUGAAAAGCGCGGCGGAGAUUGUGGAAGAAGUGAGAGCGGGAGCGAGGGAGGUUUUGGCAAGAACGGUCAAGCUAUAG